AUGUCGGAUUACUCAUCGCAAACAGUAGCCCAACUAAAAGAUAUACUAAAGGAAAGAGGAUUGAGCACCGAUGGUAAAAAAGCAGACUUAGUCACGAGGUUAAUUGAUUCAGACAAUGUCACUACCACCAACGACGACGACAACGCACCAGCCGCCACAGCAGAAGCGACGAUAGAAACUGCUCAAUCUACGACGACACCAGCCGAAAAACCGGCAGCAGCAGAACAACAGCCAUCCGCUGUUAGCCAGGAGGAGUCGACGUUGACCGUGAUACAACCGCAACCAAAAAAAACCAAACACGCGGAAGACGCACCAGCACCAGCACCACCGCCAAAAGUGCUAACUGCCGACGAGAGAAAACAAUUGGCAAUUGAGUUAUUGCAAAAGAAAGUCGCUCGUGCCGAAAAGUUUGGCGACGAAAAAGCAGCAGCGGAAGCACGUAAGGAUUUGUCCCGAGUUGAGAAAUUCGGCGUUGAGUUGGGCACUGCGUUAGCUAGAGAAAUCGGGCUUGUUGAUGACAAGUUGAAGAGCCAUGGCUUCAAGAAGAGGUUCAAUAAUGGCAAGCAUAGAGGGUUCAAGAAGAGUGGCCGAGGCGGACGGAAAUAG